AUGGGCUCCAAAAAAAGGAACCAUGCCGGUUCAUUCCGCAUCUACCAGUCUUCUCCAAAUCUCCUGUUCGACGAGGUGCCCAUCAAUCCUCUCGACACGACAAAUCUCGUCAAGCCCUGGGUCGUCACCUAUUCCAUAUACAUUAAUGGACGCCUAGAUUCUACCAAAUUACAUGACUCUUUGGAGUCUCUGAUAUCGAAAAAGCAUAGAAUUCUUGGUGCAAGGCUUACUUCGGCAUUGGACACCUUCUAUGUGCCUCAUUCGGAAUCAUUCUCGCGUGAUACCUUGCCAGCGGUUGUAUUCACGGCAAAUAACCAUGGAGAAAAAAGUGUAAAGUCCGCCAAUCCUCAUUUGCCACAGUCAGAUGCUCGACCCGACCGAAUCACGCUUCAUCCUGCCGCCGAAUCGCUUCAAGCUUUCGUUGCAGCCGAAGGAACUCCAGAACAGUAUUUCCCAAGCCCCAAACAGCCGGAGCUUAACCCCCCAAUGUUGAAAGUUGACGUUGAAGCAUUUUCCGACGCGACAAUCAUCAGUGUACGCAGCCCUCAUAUACUCCACGAUGCCAAGGGAUUCGAGCGAAUAAUCACAGGUUGGGCGACUGCGGUGAAUUCUGGUGUAGAACAUGUGCCGGAUCUAGCACCGUUGGGAUGGGAUCCUUUAUCCGGGCUCGGUGACAAGAACAGCCCAGCAAACGACGCCAAAAACAUUCCGCGGGGAUGGACGCCGAUCGUGGGUGCCGCUGAGAAACAGUUCGCCGCCAACAUGCAGCAGGAGUUUGCAUCGGAGCCUCGGGCAAAAUCCAUGUCGAUUCAUUUCCCUCUAUCUGAGAUUAGCCGGCUGCGAAAAGAAGCUCAAGUGGCGGCUCCAGAGGGAGUCCGGCUGAGUGAAAACGACGUUGUUUUCGCCUUCUUGGCUCGUGCCUGGGCCAGUUCCUCCUCUGCAUCGCCAUCCACUCCGACCUACUUGAUGUUCCCGAUAGAUCUCCGGGGUAGACUGCCGGAGCGGUUUGGGCCAGACCCUGGCUCGUAUAUUCACAACUCCGUCUUUGCAGUUCCUCUCUUGCGCACUUUCACCAUGGAGGAUCUUCGAAGCAUGUCUUUGGGCGACGUCGCCAUGGAGGUUAGAAAGACGGUGCAGCAGCUGACGAGUGAGGAGAUGGAGCGCAAUGCCGAUUGGGUGCUUGCUAAUGCAGAACAAAAUCCGAUUCCUCGCGGGCCCGAAGGAUUGAUGUUUGGCGUCAGUAGUUGGAGGAAAAUGAAAUUUUUGGACGUCGAUUUUAAGGGAGCUGUCGCGAGCGGCGGCGAUGGUAGAUUGGUCCGCAUAUGGGGAAGUGCAAGCACAGCUUUUGGAGCUCGAGGAAUCUGUGUUGUCGAAUGCGACGAUGGCGAGGGUGGGCUUUGGUGUUCAGUGGAAUUCCCCGAGGGGGACUGGAACAGAGGCCAGUUCGGGGAUCUUGAAAAAUGGGGAGUUUAG